CUAGGUAGACUAACCCUUCUUCUGUAAUUAUAUCAAAAACAACAAAUGUAAAUUUGUUUGUAAAAAACAAACUGUUUUCUCCGAUUAUGAAACUGCUGAAGAUUACAAAAUUUAUAAUAUAACUCACGUGUUUUAUCCAAACCAUAUAAAAUUAAGCAAAAUAAAUUAAGAUUGCCCUGGGUCUAACUUUUGUUUUCUGUUUGGUACGGUUUGGACUAUAGUUUACAAAUAUGAUGAUGAACUUGUGCAAAAAGAAGAAGAAGAAGUUUUUACCAAAAAAAAAAAAAAUUAUAGAUUCACCCAAAUCAAUUUGGUCUUGGCUAAACCAUAACAAAACGAGGGGGAGGGGGAGCGCGUGUUUGCUCUGAAUAUGACAAAAGUAGGUAGAACUAGUGAUUUCGUUUUUGAUUAUAUUCCAGUUAGCUUUUAGAAUUAAAUUGCUUAUUUCUAUUAAGUUGAACAGAUACAUGUAACAAAAAAUAUUUUGGCAAACUCCAAGAUGAUAAGUUAAAACCAUAAUUUGGAAACAGUUUAGGUGCAAUGUCGUUGUAGACGCGGUAACAGACAAAGGGAGGGAGAACAAGUCUUUUGUGUUUGGUUUUCAGUUUAAUUUUUGGUCAAACUAGAAUCUCUAAAUGACAAGGUCAAUCUAUUUACAUACUUAUUGCUCGAAAGUGAUUGGACUUGCAAGUCUUUAGAGAGUCUUCGAAAAUUCUUAUAUUUUCUCUGUUAAAAAUUAUUAUUCUUUUCUAAACUAGGUAUAGAGCUCUAGCUUUCAGUGACCAACAGUUAUCAUUAGAUUGUUUUUUUUUUCCGUCUGAAUUUUUGAUUUAUAAAACUGAGAAACAUACAAGGGUGGAAUCCAAACCGGCGGAAACACCUUAAAAUCCCCGGAAACUUCGCCCAUAAGAGGGAAUCUAGAACCCAAACACCGGGCAACACAUAACAACUACAAUGAUCACCGAAAAAACUGCACUCCUACAACAAAACCCAUAACCAAUCCUAGACAAGGAGAAAGAAGAGAGUCGUCUAAUCAUUGAAACAGCCGGAACUCUUGCCGAGACCACACAAGCACAAGAGAGAGUAAACGAUGCAGUGACCAAUACAGCGAAACCAAACUCAACAUACUUGAACCUCCAGUUCACAGUACCAAGCUAGAACCACAAAGCCUACCAAUUCGAAAGGAAACAGACACCUGAAAUUAAAAUCCCCUUCUCAACCAAACCUUCGUCAGCAGUCUUAAGACUGCAACCUCUCUGAAAUGCUUCAACUAACGAAGCCACCGAGGACCAGAGAAACAUAAGACCAUCCGGGAAACACACUUAUUAAAAGGCCGGGAGAAGGACUCCUUAACUGAUAUGGAGAGGUGACAUGAUAUCUGAACCUUCUGAAAGAUGUAGGCUUGUUCUGCUCACCACACAACACUACGCCACCGUUACACCACCGCUUACACCGUUACCGAAACAAGACCGAAGACAAACACUCUAAACCUCCUCGUUCCUCAGACGAGCAUGAAUCUGAUGGGGAAGAAAUGUCGCCGGAAAGCAAACCUUGAAAGGAGAUGCAAGAAAACGGACACAGAGCGACCGCAACUUAAUGAACCCAAAAGGAAACUCGAAGACCUGUCAAGCAUCAACGCUGCAACAUUACCAUAAGCAGAGAACUCCACCCAUGGCACUGGGAUAUGCUACAGCAACGGUUGUUCCACCGAGAUGUUUCAGACCCUUCUGACUACAAGGACCUUCUACAACCUCGCCAAACGCCCACUCCGAAAACCAGAGCAAGGUGAGCUUGAAUGUCAAGAUAAGAACCGGUGGAACGAUUCAAAUCGAAACCAACUAAACACCAUGAGUUAAACAACCAAGAGAACCACAUUGACAGUGUUCACCGGUUGACUGAGAUCAAGAAGCCGGGAAGAGACUUAUAGAUGAGAGGAAGGUCGCAACAUCACAACAGCUAUGCCAUAGACGACAUCUCUGAAACGUGCUGCUGCUACACUUCGCAUAUCAAACUCCAAGAUGAUUAGUUAAACGUGCUGCUGCUACACUUCGCAUAUCCGAAAGUAAUUUGGAAAUAUCAUUAGAUUGUUAUCUCAAUUACUUUCGGGAACGCGUAUAACGUUAAAGGUCAUACGCGGUUCAUGGAAUUAUAUAGUAAAUAAUAAAUACCAAUAUCUUACAUAGUCUUGCUAAUAUAUACACACGGUAAUAACCACAAUAUAUUUGCGAAAAAUAAACCAUAAGAUAUUAAAUAGUUGCAAAAGUACUCUAAUUCAAAAUAGCAUUAACCAGUCGCAGCAAUGUCAAUAUUUUGUGUGUACUGUGAUUGUUAUUUUCUUCAAGGCUAGCUACAAUCACGAGUGUUCAAUUCGAAUAAAUUAUAAUGGCCCCGACUGAAGCAAAAAGAAAAGAUGUUUUCGGUUAAAGUAAACUUUUUGUUUUUUCUUUAUUUGAGAGAAAAAUAAACUUUUUGUUUGUUAAAAACUUAGAAUGAUUUCUUUUAAAAUAAAAAGAAAGAGUUUUGUUUAUUUUUGAUAAAAAAAAAGAAAGAAAUAAUUUUAACCAAACCAAUAAUAUAAUAUGAAUCCAUACUUAAACCUUUUCAAAACCUAAAAAUAUAUUCGGUCAAGAUAUAUCAUAGUAUAUAAGAUUGAUUAAUAACAAACCCCGAAUAAAACCUGCAAUCGUAUAAACCUAUUAUUCACAAAAAUAUGGUUUUACUAUGGACCUUGGUUAAUAUAUAUUGUUUUACUAAACCGAGAAUUUCAGAAGUCUAACCUCGGAUCAUCCGAGUGUGGACACAAUUAGCUAAAUAUAAACUAUAUAUAAAGGACGUAAAUGACCAUAGACGGAUUUUAUUCUUUAUAGUUUAUAUUCUUUUUCUUUGCUUGAUCCAUCGCUAACAUACUAUUAAGGAAGUAAAUGACUAUAGACGGUUUUUUUGGUGAAAGUGGAUCACCGUUUAUAAGAAUUUAUCAGUAAUCUACAACCUCGUUAUGGGCAAGUAAAAAAGAAAAAAAUAAUAAUUAAAUAAUAACAAAAGGAAUUGCGGUAAAAUUCAUGGUAAAUUUAGGGGGGAAUUCAUCUUACAAUAGAGGAUAACAUCUUUAAUCUUCUCAUCCCUUUCUUCGUCUACCAUCGGACCACUAAGGAAAGCACUAGGAGGAGUUGAUUUUAUGGAAUGAACCAAGCUGCUCCUCCGUGAAAGUUUCUUAGAUCUUCCCCGUCUAUCGCCUUCAGCCGUCGCAUCGAAGCACAUAAUCAGUCGCAUAAACGACUUAAUGAAUCCAAAGCUUCUUCUACUUGUUUUGGCUUCUGACAUUGUUAAAAGAUUGGAACAGUAUCGAUCUUUGCACUCAAGAACACCAAUCUUACGAAGUACGCGUACAGGAAAAAGUGGUAGCUUUAGAGAUGUAAAAUAUAGAAGAUUUACGUUACUUUUUAUCUUGUUAGUUUCUUAUAUAUAUGUGAUAAUAAUGACUAUAUAUAAGCAUUAAUGGCUAAAUUACAAAUUGUAGUUUGAUUUUUUAUAAAUUAUAUUUCUAUCCUAAAAGAGCUAUGUGUAUGCUGUAAAAUCACAAAGUUUUGAUCUUUCUAGUGAUUUUUAGGACUACAGGGUCCGUUUAGUGAUAGUUAUAUCCUUAUUUGAAUUAUAGCUCAUUAAUGUUUUCUUCUAUUUUUGUUAAGUCUUUAAUUAACGUUAUGACUAAAUCUAAGUAUUCAAAUUUCAAAUAUUGUUAUCACCUUUUUAGGAAAUAUAAUCUUCGUUAAUAGCGUUUUGAAAUAAAAUAAAAGAAUGAGAAUUGAUUUUUCUGGCUAAAUCGAAGCUAGAUUUGAAUUUGAGUAAUCCUGUAGCUUUUGGUAAUGUUUUUUUUUCCAACUUAGCUUUCUGUUAAGAAUAAGAACUAUUGAUAUUUCCAUAUAUAUAUUUUUGAAAUAUAUGCAACAAAAAAAAAAUGGUCGCUGCGAGCGAAUAUGUCUCUCUCGAGAUGCUCUAGUCAAAAGAUUAGUCAGACGAUGAGAAAAAUAAGGUAGGGCCCAAAAAUAAUGGUGCAAAAGCCCAAACUGAAUCAGAUUUGUCGCAACUAUAUACCAUAUCUCUCGGUCAAAGCAGCAACAAGUCUCUCUACAGUAUUCUUUGACUCUAAACCCGGUCAGAUCUUGGUUCAACAAAUUUCUCAAUUAAUAGGUUUAAGCAAUGGUUAGGACCGUUUCCCAUGGUUUGUUUAUCAGCCUUUGGUCCUUAGAGCAUGAUUAAUAGAAAUUCUUAGGAUAUAUAGUUCUUAGGGGAAUAUAAGAAACCGUCUCUUAACUUUUAACUAAAAAAACUAAGAAUCAUAUCCUAAGAACCUCUCAUUAAUUAUGUUGUUAAGUAUUAACGUUAAUGGGGAUUCGUGUGGUAUUUGGUUCCCACCGUUCUAAUUCUACGUCUAAAGUCAUUCAAAAUUGAUGCUUCGAUCGUUUCUGUUUCUUAAUCAUUUCUUUGCUUUUGUAAUAUCUUGUUGAACAGUAUGAUUUCGAGAAAUCUGUUAAUAAGAAAUACUCAUCAUGCUAGACCUAAACCUUACAACCAACGUCUUUUUUUAAACGUAUUUUCUUCUUCUUAAAUCAUAAUACUAUGGUUUUGUGGCUUAUUCUGAUCGUUUGAAUCUUGAUGAUGAAAAGAAGAGCAACAUAUUCGUAAGUUUAUGGCUCUUUUGGAUUAACUGUUCCCAAAUUAUUGCAUAUGGAAGUAUCCUAGCUCGUCACAUCUCAAACGAAUCUAUGAUCAUUUGUCCUACGGAAUUUCAGUAUUUGGAUCAGUAGGCACUCCAUCGUCGCACUUGAGGGGAUGGACGUUCGAAUACCUGUUCAGGUUCGGAUCAAGUAUUUUAUUUUUUUGGAUAUUUCGAUAUAGAAAUAUAGAACUCGAUUGGAUAUUUUUAUAUUUGACCGAAUUCGGGUAUUUGUAAUUUAGGUUCGGGUAUUUUGGAUCGGAUUCUGUUAUUUAAAGUUACUUAAAAUUAAAAACGGGAUGAAUCUAAACAAAAAAUUAUAAAUCAAAUAGUACUGGGUACGCUGUAAGAUAUAAUAAUACAAUACUCCCUAUGUUUCAAAUUGAUACGUGUUUUAGUUUUUUCACACAGAUUAAUAAAACAUAAUAAAUUACAGUAUUAAAAAAAAAUUAUAUUGUGAACAUCCAUUUCUCACAGUUUUAAACCAAUAAAAAUACAGAAAAUGCAAUUAAUCUUAUUGAAGUUUACCAUUAACUAUUAUUAGUUGACAAAAAAAAGUGCAUUGACAAUUUUAAAAAUAUAUUCUUUUGAAACAAAUUUUUUUUCUAGAACAUGUAUUUUUUUUUUUGGAACGAAAGAAGUAUUAAGUGAACAACAACAAAAUAGGUUGUUAACCAAAAAGUGGGGCAUCAAGUACACAAAGAUGAAAAUCAAUAUUUCACCAAAGAAACCUUAGAAAAAGAGAGUAUCCUCUAAUAAAAUCAAAAGGUGUGGAGAAAUUAAAGACAUAACCAUUAAAUCCACGGCAAAGACAUGGUUAGGUGUAGCAUGAACUAUGAAAAAAAAUGAAUGAGUCUAAGCUACUAAAGAUUUAGGGUUACUAUAUAUAUUUUCAGAGAUUUAAUCGAGGAACCCAUCCGGGUAUCUAAUAUUAUCCGAUCAGAUUUAGAUAUCCAAUCUGUUCUGAUUUAAUAAUCGUUCAGAUAUUUUAUAGAUAGGAUGGGGUUUGAGUUCGAAUUUUUCGGUUCGGAUUUGGGCAUGAGAUAAAAUGCGCAUGCCUAGUCGCACUUCAUUUAAAUAUCAAGUUGUAAACUUGUAAAUAAUACUGGUAAUUUCAAUACUGGUACUCUAAAUGAAAUAAAACUUGUAGGUUUCAUCGAAUCCGAAGUUUUUAUUUCAAAUAAAUACAAAUAAGCAAAUAUAAAUUGAAGUCAAAAUAAAAUUCGAGUCAAACUUUGAUAUAGUAAUACAGCUGGAAUGAAUAAAUGCCAUCCCGGAAAGAAUUAAGGGUUGACUUCAUAAUUUAGAUUAUUUUUCAAAAUCAUUACAUAUCGUAUCGUAAAGCUAAAUUAAUAUUGGGAUCGGAGCUUAACAUAGAUCUAGUUUUAAGGCUGCCCAAUCAAACUUAUAUCCUCACAAUUUGCUGAUCGAUCGACGAUAAUAAAAUAAUUGAAGAGAAUUCAACUUCGUAGAUGUGAAGGAAUUGAGAGAAAUAAGAAGAGCAUAGCUUGACACGCAGGUGAAAGCACGUGUUCUCCCGUGCGUGCGGCCCUUAACCUUCCCGUUAAUCUAUCUUACUAUCUCUAAUGGUUGAUAUAAUCGAUGCUCUUAACGGUCAUUAAUUUAACAGAAAACUUUUUAAUCAGCCAUGAAAAAUGAUCAUACGCAAUACAUCUCAACAGGAAAACAAAAUUUACCAAACAAGAUGCUAGAUAAGUAGAUUUUAUAUGUUAACAAAUGUAAACUGUAAGAAUAGUUAUAUGUUAACAAAAUAUAUUUCCAUGUAAACUACUGUAAAAUAAUUAUAUGUUUGAGCUAUCAAAGUUGUAUAUUUGCAGAAUAACUAGUUUGAUUUGUCGCGCAUAUUCUUGGCAAAUGGAUAAACAAAUGACAGUAAUAUAAAUUCUUUACCGCUAAAAAUGAUAAUAAUAAAUAAUGCAUGUACCGACGGUUUGAAGUGUUGAAAUGAUAGGGUGUAGAAGAGUGCAAGUGGUCAAAUGUUACGAUGCUUUGUUUAAUGCGAAUUGUAUUGUUGUCUUGCGUUUCACGAUGACAAGAUGCAGAUGCGGAGAAUGUAAGUGACUCCCAUGAUAUCACCUACGUACAGACGUAUAUAAUAUGAUUGCCCUACGUUAAUAUUUUUAUAAGAGAGUGAUUCGUAGGAUAUAUUAGUUACUACAGUUUUACAAUAUUUAGUAGGGUUUUAAUAAGUUUUAAAUAAAAACCAAAAUCGUGGGUAACUUGCCGGGAAAGAAAACGGAAAAGGAGACGCACGGCUCGGCAACCGCCCACGUUAACUUCCAAACCCUACACUCAUUUAUCGAUGCACCUCUAUCUCCACACACACAUGCUCUUCUUCACCUUUACAUUCACAUACAUGCACAUGCCUAUACAUACUAUAUAUAUGUAGUCACAUGUAUCCGAAUACACACCAACUGCCAACUUAUUAGAUUUCUCCAAUCUUCUAUCACAAAAACAAUUCUUAAUACAGUACAGAAUGAUGUUCCCGUACACCGCACACAACGUCUGCCAGCGUCAGUUUCCCUCGCCGGAGAUUGAAAUUCCAGCGAAAUGGAAGAUUUCAUACGGACACGAGGAGACUGCUCCUCCUUGUCCUCGUUGUGCAUCUUCCAACACCAAGUUUUGUUAUUACAACAACUACAGCUUGUCUCAGCCUAGAUACUUCUGCAAAGGCUGCCGUCGUUACUGGACCAAAGGCGGCUCUCUCCGCAACAUUCCCGUCGGUGGAGGCUGUCGGAAGAGGAGCCGGAGCAGACGACAGAGCAUUCACAAAAGGUUUGGUCCGAACGAAAAUCUGCCAGAUGGUCUUAUCAGUGGGUCCCAGUCAAGCCCUGCUGGUUCUGAUAUUGAUUUGGCUGCGGUUUUCGCGCAGUACGUGAAUGCUCCGAGCCCUUCAAGUACUGAUAAUACCACCGGAUCUGAUCAAGAUUCGCCAGUAACAACAACAACAACAACUACAAACACGCAUGCUUUAAAUUCAUUGAGCUGGGAUAUAUGCCAAGAAACUGAUGUGAAUCUUGGAUUCUACGGGGAAUUCAACGAUCUGACCAACAAGAUACAAGAAGAUGAACGAGGUGUUGGUCACUUUCUCCAAGAAGAUCAAGAGGAGAUCUUUGAGUUCCAAGGUUUACUCGAUGACAAAGAUAUUCAAGAGAUUCUGGAAUGCUCAUUCUCUGAGGAGCCAGAUCAGUUAAUUUCUCAGGGGAGCUUCAUGAUCAAUGGUGGUCACUGGAGUUCAACAGAUCUUACAACGUUCGGGGUUUGACGGCCAGGACGAUCGUUUCUUUCUUUUUAAUCACAUAUACUUAAUUUAUUAAAUACUUAUAACGUACAAUUUACACUAAGACUCAUUCAUAUACUGUUCAUGAAUUUAUUAUAUCAUACGUGAACGAUCCCACGAUAGGAUACUGUAUAUUUCGCUUGAAUAAUGGAUACAACUUACACUUUCUAUGUUAUUUUGGCGGCCAUGCUUUUAAAGUUCUUCUGCUCUAUUCUUUGUAGUUGUAAGUGUCACAAAUUUCCCACUUGGUGUGAACUAUAAAUUUCUACACUAAUAUAAUAUAUGAGAAAGAGUGUUGUGAAACGCUGGAAUGGCAAUGUUCAUUGGUUUUGUGCUUUAAAGAGGCACAUUUCUAGAUCUCCAAAAGACACAGAGAGAGAACCAAAGAUGUUUCAAAUCUCUCUUUU